UGAGAGUUAUAUGAUAUCCCUUUUAUUUAGUGACUACUCUGCACCAUUUUCCUUCUUGAAACCUUAUCCUUCGUGUUAUCCUCAGCCAUGGCAACCCUGCUUCUACAAUCGCUUCCCCCACUCCCCAUUCAAUUGCAAAGUUCCUCCUCUCACCUUUCUUUCUCUCAGUCUCAAACUUUCUCUUCACCGCUCUGCACUUCGUUCACUUCUCUCUCAACCUCUGCAACCUCCUCCAUUUCACCAACCCCUUCUGUGUACUGUGGCAGAGGUGAUAGGAAAACUGAAAGGGGAAAGCGCUUCAACCAUUCAUUUGGAAAUGCAAGGCCAAAGGACAAGAAGAAGGGUAGAGGACCGCCGAGGCUUUAUGCUCCACCAGCACCUACCAAGAAAGAUAAGUUCGAAGAUAAUGAGGUGGUGAAGAUUGAUAUUGAUGAGUCCCUCUUUUCUGGCUGAUUUCAGUACUUGAAUGUAAUGUAAUUUCUAGUCUUUCUUGAUUUAGUUGUUGAUAUAUGGAUUCUAUUGUGACAUGAACUGUUUGUAUUUUUCUUAUGCAAUAUGAGUUAUCUUAUUAUUUGAGGUCA